AUGUCUAAUUCUAAAUAUGUGAAUGAUGAAGACUUUGAUGAUGACAUCCCCACCCAGAAUGUUAUUCAACAAAGCUUGCAGCAUAUCCAUAAAAGUGAGACAGUUACAGAUACUGCAGCGAGUGAUAGAUUCCAGUUUGUUAUGAGCACAGAACAUGGAAAGAUAAUCACAGCAAUACGUGCAGGCCAAGAAGCAGUCUUGCUGAAGUUGAUGAGGCACUGUUCAGCUUUUAAGGAAACUGAUCAGCGAGGCUGGCUUCCUUUGCAUGAAGCUGCAGCACAAUUAAACAAGAACAUCCUAGAAAUAACUCUGAAGGCUUCAGAUCCCGUUGUGUGGGAGCAGACCAGUCUGAAAGGGGAAACUCCUCUCUUUGUAGCAGUAGACAAAUGCUUCUUAGACAACGUCCACUUUCUCCUGCUCAAUGGCUGCAAUCCUAAUGUUAAGAAUGAAGAAGGAGAUUCUUCUUUAGUUAUAGCAAUUAAACAUGAUUUAUAUGAAAUUGCCUCCCUGCUGAUAAGGUUUGGAGCAAAUGUAAACUUGCAGGGUGUCAGUAAGAGGACAGCUUUACAUGAAGCAGCCAGACUAGGCAGGAAAGAUAUCGUGAACCUUCUGCUUUGCUCUGGAGCAGAUCCUGAUCCCCGCAGUGCAUAUGGGCUCACUCCCCUAGCGCUGGCUGCACAGAUUGGGCAUACAGAAAUUAUGGAAAUUUUACUGCGAAAAGGUGCUGAUGUCCUUUCACAGGCAGCUGAUUGUGCUUCCAUAUUAUUUGAAGCUGUUGGAGGAGGAAAUCCAGAUUCGCUCUCUCUUUUACUAGAAUAUGGAGCUGAUGCCAAUGUGCCAAAACACACAGGUCACUUGCCUAUCCACAGAGCUGCAUACAGGGGACACUUUCUAGCUUUAAAGCAGCUAGCUUCAGUUACUGAUUAUGCUUCCAUUAAGGAGAGUGGGAUAAGUCCAGUUCACUCAGCAGCAGCAGGAGCACAUCCUCAGUGCCUUGAGUUUCUCCUCAAAUCUGGGUUUGAUGCCAAUUUCAUGUUGCAUGAGAGGGUUCGCAAAGGCUACGAUGAUCAGAGGAAAUCAGCUUUAUAUUUUGCUGUCUCAAAUGGGGAUAUUUGCUCAACACAGCUGCUUCUGGAUGCUGGAGCCCUGCCAAAUCAAGACCCCAUUAAGUGCCUCCAGCUAGCCUUGAGAAUGGGCAACUAUGAGCUAAUCAAUCUACUGCUUCAGCAUGGGGCCAAUGUAAAUUACUUCUGCAGAGUGAAUACGACGCAUUUCCCCUCAGCUCUGCAGUAUUCUCUAACAGAUGAAAUCAUGUUAAGAAUGUUGCUGAAUUAUGGGUAUGAUGUGUACCGCUGCUUUGAUUGUCUUCAUGGAGACAACAUUCAUUCCCCAUAUGCCUUUGAAGGAUGGACUCCUUCUGUUAUCAAAGACAACAUGUUCUGUGAAGUGAUAACGCUGUCAUGGCUGAAGCACGUAGCUGGGAAAGUAGUGCGAGUGAUGCUAGAUUAUGUUGAUCAUGUUAGCAUCUGCUGUAAGCUGAAAGCAGUUCUCAAGGAACAGACACUAUGGCCAGAAAUCAAUUCCAUUUUGACAAAUCCACGUUCUUUGAAACAUCUUUGUCGUCUGAAGAUUCGGAAAUGCAUGGGUCAUUUGCGUCUGCGUUGUCCUGUCUUCAUGACAUUCCUUCCACUACCCACUCGUUUGAAAGAAUAUAUACUGUACAAAGAAUAUGAUCUUUAUGGACAAGGAAACUGGAUAGGAACCCACUAACCCAACUGCAUAGGCCUAUCUUUUGGAGAGUAUGCAAGUGGACAAAGACUGUAUUGCAUGCAAUUCUUUUGCUCUACUGCAAUUUUAACUUCUAAAAACCAACAAAUCACUUUGCUGAAAAAAUUUCUGGAUACAAAUAAAAAAAGUAGAGUACAGAGUAAGUAUUGGAAACCCAACACGUAGCCCUCAUAGCAGAAAAAGCAUCCAGGUAAUAAUAUUUGAGUUAUCUAGCAUCAAUGUUUAGGUCAGCAUUUUCAAACAACAUAUGGAAUGGGAAGUGUCCUUCAAGAUAGGUGGGUCAGAU